CGCAAGAGUGGCUCCAGAUGGAGCUGGCGCGCGCUGGGAGUAGCAGCAGCACCAUCAGGACCAUCGGAGCUCGCGGACGCACGGCGCCGACGGCGGAGCAACGCUCGCUUGCCUUGAUGUCCUCGCGCUGCCUGCACACACACAGCGCGAACCGUCAUGGGGGAGGGUGGUCUCACGCAACUCGCCAACUUUCCCAAUGACACUGAACCCGUGACGGCAGCGGCCGAUGGUGCCGGUGCCGCGGCCGCCGGCGCGUCGGAGCGCUGGGCGGCGGGGAUGAGUUUGCUCAUGGGCUCCAUCGUCCUGACCAUCGUGUUCGGCAACAUCAUGGUCAUCUUGGCCAUCGCGCGCAACCAGCGGCUGCAGACACUCACCAACGUGUUCAUUGUGUCCCUCGCGAGCGCCGACCUCAUCAUGGGUCUGCUGGUGGUGCCGUUCGGCGCCGCGCUCGAGGUGCGCGGCGCAUGGUUCUACGGCUCCUUCUUCUGCGAGUUCUGGAUCUCGGUGGACGUCCUGUGCGUCACGGCAAGCAUCGAGACGCUGUGCGUAAUCGCCAUAGACCGCUACGUGGCCAUUACGGCGCCCUUUCGCUACCAGAGCCUGCUGACCAAGGCGCGCGCAAAGGCGGUGGUGUGCGCCGUGUGGGGCAUCUCCGCCAUGGUGUCCUUCCUGCCCGUGCUGAUGCACUGGUCCCGGGACCGCGAGGACACCGCGUGCUACGAGGACCCCGAAUGCUGCGACUUCAUCACCAACCCCGCGUACGCCAUCUCGUCGUCCGUCAUCUCUUUCUACAUUCCGCUCACCGUUAUGAUCUUCGUGUACGCGCGCGUGUACCGUGAGGCGAAGAACCAGCUGCGGAAGAUCGACAAGUGCGAGGGCCGUUUCCUGAGCGCGCUGCAGGGCAGCACGGUGUCAGCCGCCGCGUGUAAGUCCAGCAAGAAGCGGCCGUCCAAGAUGCUCGCGUUGCGCGAGCAGAAGGCGCUUAAGACACUGGGCAUCAUCAUGGGCACGUUCACGCUGUGCUGGCUGCCCUUCUUCAUCGUCAACGUGGUGCGCGUGUUCUGCGCGGAGGUGGUCAACAAGAACCUCUUCGUGUUCUUCAACUGGCUGGGCUAUGUCAACUCGGCGUUCAACCCCAUCAUCUACUGCCGGAGUCCGGACUUCCGGAAGGCGUUUAAGCGGCUGCUGUGCUGCCCGAGACAGGUGGACCGGCGACUGCACAUCAGCUCGUGCGACCUGUCGCGCUGCUCCGUGGGAUUAGUGAACACGCUCGUGCCCAAUACGCUGGAGAUGUGGUCGGACUGUCACGCGCUGGACAACAGCGACAGCAGCUGCGAGGGAGGCGGGAAGCUUUCCCGCUCCGAGUCGCAGCUAUAAACCGACAGGACAGGAAAGGACAGGUUGGACCACCGGAGCGCAGACGAGGCGCAGCGUCUGGUCGGAGAUGUAUGGCCACCGGGGCAGCGCGUGGCAGGUUGGACCACCGGAGCGCACACGAGGCGCAGCGUCCGCGCGAACAGGUUGGACCGCCGGAGCGCAGCGCCUGUCGGUCUCAUUUCUGCCUUUCGGUACAGAGUGGCACAUCGCACAUAGGAGCCGAUUCACGCUGAAGACGCUGUCAUUUUAACUUAAACUUCUUUGUCUUUUUGUAUUGUACUACUACCAGAUGUAAAGCAGAGUGCACGUUGGACGCUUCGUUCGUCCCCAGGAAGACGUUGUGUUUAUUGGGUGUAGAAAAAACGUGUUUACCUCAUGGCCAAAAAAACAAGUGCAACUUGAACUAUUUGUUUAUAUUAAACAUUUUUAUGUAAAUAACAUUUCUAUUUAUUUGACUUUCCUACAAUUAAAUAAUUGGAUGAACACACAGACUCCGGGAUAUGACAACAUAUCAUUUAUAUUCGUAUAUAUAUUGUAUUCUGAUUGAUUCAUAUUCAAUAUCAUAUUCAUAUCUGGUAAGCCCCGCCCACAUUUUCCCUCCGUCUGUCUGUCUGUCUCUGUCUCUCUCAGCCUCAAGUUAGCUACUUCUGCAUCGACACUUUGGAUUAUGCCAAACACACAUCAACUCUGAUGGAGAGUUAUCAAGAUGUUGAUCAGAAAGUCUUAAUAACUCCCAAUAUGAACAUGUAAGAACUAUUCCAGCCACUUCUAGAUGUAUAAUUAAAGAGUUUCUUGUGUAUUUUUGGUUUUAUACAGACCAUUUACAUCUGAAAACAAAUGAUUGAUUGAUAUUGCCAUUUUAUUAGUUAAUUGGUGGCCACUGGCCAGUGUACCUGUAGUAACACCGGGCCAGCAGGGGUGAUGCCCCGAGGUUAGCCAUAAACACCACGUACAGAGCUAGCUUACUUCUAAGGACGUAUUGCCAAACCAACCACACAGGAACAAUGUUAUUCGAAGAAUUGGUUAAAUCACUAUUUGGCAAUUAUUUGACUUCAGUAACGAGCUAAGGGGGCUUUCUCAACUGGAAGUGUUGUUCUUACAACUAUAGCCUUCAAACGACAGACCAGUAACACUUCACAUACAUAGGCUUUAACUAACAGUUAACUAACUGUUAACUAAUGGCCUGGUAUUCAUUGACAAAUGGUGUUCAUUUUAAAUAAGGUAAUGGAGUUCAUGUAAACUAAGGUAUUCCUUUCUUCAUUAUUUAAUAGGGUUAGGGCUAAGCCUAACCCCUAUGCUAAUGCUAUAUAAUAAUGCUUAUACCGCAUUAACUAAUGUUAAUUAAUGGUUAAUCAACAUACCGUCAUUGUCAAGUGUUACAACGGACCAUUUUUUUGAUAAGUUUGUAUGAUUGCUCAUUUUGUAUGGACCAAAAAAAGGCAUUAUAUGAUGGACACAAUUGGUCGAAAAUCAGAAUGUCAGACAUCUCUGCUCUGCUUACCAGGACGCUGCCAAUCACUUUGAGUUUCGACAGUUGGGUAAACGUGUCCUGUUGGGAUGAAACUGUUCUGGUUUUCUGUUCCCAUGAUGACUUAGAAAUGGUUGUUUUCGGUAAUAUUGAGGGGUUGAUUUAGGUAAAGUUAAAAAAGUGGUUUAGGUAAAGGGAUUGUCAAGGUUAGGUAAUGAGAUGGCUAAGUUUAGGUAUAAUAUAAGAGAUGGUUAAUCUUAGGUAUUGGAGAUGGUUAAGUUUAGGUAUCGGGUUAUAGAUGGUUAGGUGUUGGUAUCAGGUUAUAGAUGGUUGGGUGUAGGUUUCAGGUAAGAGAUGGUUCAGUUUAGGUUUCAGAUGGUUUAGUACAGGCACUUGUUUUGAGACGGUUGCGAUAAGAUGUGACUUUGGUGCGGUUGAAACCAGGGUAAAGAUCUGGGGGAGUGCAAUGCAUCAUGGGAUUCAUUUCCAUAACAGUCAGAGAGACAUCUUGAUUUUGGCCCACUUUCAUGCCGAUGCCUUCUUCCCCUUCAUCAGAACAAACCCUAUCCAGCCUUAAUCCUACGGAAGAAUGUGUGAGAGCUCUUUCUGCUUGGGACUUUUCAACAUAUGAAUGGUCCCCCUGACACAUCCCUCUUUGUCGUUGUUAUGCACGUCAGCGAGACUGCUGCACCUUUUAUAAACUGUCCCUUGUCUACGAGGACUUUUGAGGAGACACCAACUGUAAACUAUGAAGAACAUGUGAGUGUGCUUUUUGUGCGGCGUUGAGACUUUGGAGAUAUACGCAAACAUCACACUGUCGGCGUGUAAGUGUUGUGGUAUUUGGUUGACGUAACGGUGUGGUUCCUUGUUUGUACCGAAGCGUGAAUUAACUUCAUUGUGUUUAAAACCAAAAUGGUGGCUGUUGCCUUUUUUUUCACUCUGAAUGUUCUCUGCGUUUUUUGUCUUUAAACACCUUUUAUCAGCUGUUAAAUAAAAAUAUGUUUGUUAUA